UUCUUGAGCGUUUCGUAUCUCAAAGGAGUUAAAUCGUUACUUACGCAUAUUAUCAGGUAAGCAUCCAUAUAUGUGACAUGGAUGGAUGGAUGGAUGAUUGACACACAUAACAUGGAUUAGACAUGAAGUAUCUCGCUGCCUAUCUUCUUCUCAACGCCGGUGGUAAGGCCAACCCUGCUGCUGCUGACAUCAAGACUCUUUUGGGUUCUGUUGGUAUUGAAGCUGAAGAAGAACGUGUUUCUUCUUUGAUCUCUGCUCUUGCUGAAAAGAACAUUGCUGAACUCAUUGAAGAGGGUAAGGAAAAGAUGUCUUCUGUCCCUACUGGUGGUGCCGUUGCUGCUGCUUCUGGUGCUGCUGCUGCUGCUUCUGAUGCUCCCGCUGCUGAAGCUGCUGUUGAAGAAAAGGAAGAAUCUGAUGACGAUAUGGGUUUCGGUCUCUUUGAUUAAACACAAUAAACAGCUUUUUCUUUGAUAG